AUGGCAGGGAGAAUACGCGAAGUAUGGGCGGAGAACCUCGAGGUGGAGAUGGCCCUGCUGCGCGAGACCAUCGAAACGUACCCCUAUGUUGCCAUGGACACCGAAUUCCCUGGUAUCGUGGCUCGACCAAUAGGCACAUUCAAGGGCUCCUCGGAUUAUCACUACCAGACGCUGCGCUGCAAUGUGGACCUGCUCAAGCUCAUCCAGCUUGGCAUCACACUCUGCGAUGAGAACGGCAACCUGCCACCGGAUGUCUGCACGUGGCAGUUUAACUUUCGCUUCAGCAUCAACGACGACAUGUGCGCGCCCGACUCGCUGGAUCUGCUCACCAAGGCCGGUCUGGAUUUCGACCGACACGAAAGGAUGGGCAUCGACGUCGAGCACUUUGGCGAGCUGCUUAUCACGUCGGGUCUGGCGCUUUUUGACGACGUCAAGUGGGUCUCCUUCCACAGCGGAUACGACUUUGGCUACUUGCUCAAGGUGGUCACCUGCAGUCCGCUGCCUGCGCAGGAAGCCGACUUUUUCGCGCUGCUGCGGGUGUGGUUCCCCUGCAUCUACGACAUCAAGUUUCUCAUGAGGAGCUGCAAGACGCUCAAAGGGGGCUUGCAAGACGUCGCCGACGACCUGCAGGUCAGUCGAAUUGGUCAACAGCACCAGGCUGGAAGUGACAGCUUGCUCACCGCGACGACCUUUUUCAAGAUGCGACAAAAGUACUUUGACGGCUCGAUCGACGACUCGAAGUACCUCGGAUGUCUGUACGGCUUUUCGUCGAGCUCGUCGCACGUCAACGGAAUGGUGCACUACAGCCAAGGCCGGCCUGUGUCGAUGCAGAGCUUCCACGACGCUUCUGCGAUCCCUCGCUCGGUGUCGGGCGGGUACGCUGCUGCAGGAGGCUACGGCUCUAACUUUGGCAGUCCCUUCAAAUCAAGCCUGUCCGCCUCAACCGAGCGCUGA